GUUAUUCUCCCAUUUCAAAAAAAGAACAAGCUACGAUGCUGUUUUAAAAUGUUUGUAGGUAAUUAGGCGUCCAAGCGGCCAGUAACAGAAAAUAAACGCCUACAUGUGUAAUACAAAAUGAGUCAUUUUGUAAUUGAAAAAUAGCACUUCUGAAGAGCAGAGUACUUACUUUUCUUUUCUGAUACUAAAAACCGAUCAAGAGAGAGAGCAAAGUUUAUUUCUGUGAGGCAGGGAGCUGAUGUAGGCUUGCUUUUUGCUUUUCAGUGCCAAAUAUUAUGUUUUGAAGCCAUAGCUCCAAACAGGCAUAAAAGCUCAGCUGUUUACAUUUCGGUCGAGUACUGUCGAGUCUUAUAGCCCCGAUCCCAUUGAUUGGAUUGCAUGGCUGACACAUCACAGUCUCAUCUCGGUCUUGCCAUGCCGAUUGUAAUUCAUUAACGACCACACUGUGCACUGGACAUGUAAACAAAGAGGCUGAACGAUUGGACUUUGUCAUCACAUAAGAAUAAUAGUUUAAAAAAUGUACAUUUCCGAGCGAAGAAAAUGCGUUAAGCAUUCUUUUAUCACUAAGAUUCAUUUUAUAUUGACAAUCACGUGGAUUUUAAAUUCAUUAAAUGUUAUAACAGCAGCACCCAAUUUGACAAGACACAAUACAAGCAGACCAAAUAUUUCAGAGCAUAAAAUUAAUGUCACAGCGGAAAGUGGACUCUUUGGUUGGGAAGAUUACAGUGUAUUAGCCGCUAUGCUGAUCAUUUCUUGUGCCAUCGGUAUCUUCUACGGAUAUUGUGGAGAAAAGCAAACGACCGGUGAUGAUUUUCUACUUGGUGGAUCGUCUAUGGGAACUUUUCCCACAGCCCUGAGUCUUGCUGCGAGUUUCAUUACAGCAAUAGAACUGCUUGGCAAUCCUGCUGAAAUGUACAUGGCGGGAGCGCAAUUUUGGAUGAUUUGUGUGGCUUUUAUAUUGGUAGUACCGAUCGCUAGCAAAUUGUACCUUCCCGUUUUCAUGAGACUGCGGCUGACCUCAUGCUACGAAUAUUUGGAGAUAAGAUUCUGCAAGGCUAUCCGGGUGUACGCUAGCGCUCUCUACAUGUUGCAAAUGAUUCUCUACACAUCGGUUGCUGUGUAUGCGCCUGCGCUGGCAUUGUCAGACGUGACCGGCUUAAACACGUACUUAGCGGUAUCAUUGGUCUACGUUGUGUGCAUUUUUUAUGCUUCGCAAGGUGGCAUGAAAGCUGUAAUAAUGACGGACACCUUCCAAUCAGCAGUUCUGAUUGGCUCCUUAGCAGCGGUACUAGCACUGGGUGCCGCGGAGGUCGGAGGACUGGACGCGGUGUGGGACCAUGCACGGCGUACAAACCGACUACAAUUCUUUGACAUGGACCCAGAUCCGACAGUGCGGCAUUCAUUUUGGUCCGUGGUGGUGGGUGGAACAAUGUAUUGGACCAGUAUGUUUUGCGCCAACCAGGCCUCCGUCCAGAAAUACCUCUCAGUGGAGAGGAUAAGCCAAGCAGGAAUAACUAACGGAUCCGACCGUCUUCUCCCUCUAUACGUGAUGCGGGAGCUUGGCGUUUCCAAAGGUGUUCCAGGCUUCUUCGUAGCAGGCAUAUUUGCUGCCAGUCUUGGAACUGUAGCCUCAGCUUUAAAUUCGUUAGCUGCAGUGGCAUGUCAAGAUUUGGCGACUGGACUUCUUGGUUUAACUCUACCGGAGGAUAAAGGAGCUUUAAUAGCUCGGUGGGUGUGUUUCGCCUGCGGUGCCGUGUCGUUCGCGCUGGUGUUUGCGGUGGAGCGACUCGGACCGGUGCUGCAGCUCGCGUUGUCAUUCAACGGCAUGGCGGGCGGAGUGUCGCUGGGCCUCUUCUCGCUAGGCAUGCUGUUCCCGUGGGCUAAUGCUAAGGGUGCUGUGGUAGGCGGCGUGUUUGGCCUCCUUUUAGUAACACGUCACGACGAAGCGGUGUUCUGGUUGUUCCGCGUGUCUUACCUGUGGUACUCAGGUAUAGGGUGCUCCGCGACCGUGAUCGUGGGCCUGCUGGUGUCGGCGGCGACCGGCUUCACGCACCCGGUGCGAGUGCCCAUCGACCUCCUGUCACCGCCCGUCGUUAGCUUACUCAACUCCCUGCCGUAUAAAAUUAAGAAGGCACUCCGCGUGUCAGCACGACUAGGAUCGGAGAGGCGGCGAAGCUCGAGUGUGCGACCGCCCGGGCAGGCAGACGACAAGGACACGCGCCGGCGCCGCCGCCUCUCCGAGAUGGCCGGCGGUGUGUUCUACAGCGACCUGGCGCAGUCGCUGGACUACCACCACGACAACCCUGCGUUACGGCUCUCGGAGAAACCGAGGCCCGACGAAUCCAACCACAACACCAAUCUGAAACCCGAAUCCACCUCCAAUGGUGACACUUCGCAAUUUUAGAUCGUUGAUGCGCAACGUGUAUCUGAAUUCAAAGGCCUAUGCAUUGCGAUUAGAUUAAGCAUUCUAUGAAUUUCAAACCUUAAAAUGGCAAUGCUUCGUUGCUACAAAAAUCUAAACUAACAUUUGAAAUCACCGACAUCUUGGACACGAGCCGGCGUCGCCGUCUCUCCGAGAUGGCCGGCGCGGCGGUGUUUUCUACAGCGACCUGGCGCACUCGCUGGACUACCACCACGACAACCCCGCGCUACGCCUCUCGGAGAAACCGCCACCCGACGAAUACAACCACAACAUCAGUCUCAAACUCGAAUCCACCUUUAAUGGUAACACUUCGCAAUUUUAGAUCGGUCAUGCGCGACGUGUAUCUGAAUUCAAAGGCCUAUGCAUUCAUAUUAGAUUAAACAUUCUAUGAAUUUCAAACCAUUAAAUGGCAAUGCUUCGUUGCUACAAAAAUCCAAACUAAUAUUUGAAAUCACCGACAUCAACCCCGCGCUACGCCUCUCGGAGAAACCGCCGUCCUACAACAACAUCCGUCAAACUCGAGUCCUCCUCCAACGGAGAAACUUUGCAAUGUAACAAUGUUAGAUCGUUGAUGCGCAUACGAAUUGAAAUGCCUACAAAUUUUGAGAUUAGAUUAUCCUUCUAGACUUUCAAACAUAAAAAUGGCAAUGUUUUGGUACUACAAAAUUCUAAGCUAGCACUUACCUAUUACGUAUCCAAACCAAAAUCGAUGCCAUAAUGAAAUAGUUUUCUUUGAGACAUAAGACACAUCUUCUUCCUCUCUUCGUAUGGUAAUUGUAGUUUAAGAGAUUUUAGAGGUAAGAAGUAUGUAAGAAAAUAAUUUAUUUUUUAUAAUAGGUAGUGAGUGAGAUCAUAAUAAAAUUUAAUUUUUAGUUUAAAAUUUAAAAGUAUUGGAUUCGUAUUUCUUUCUUUGUUCACCUUAAUAUAGAAAACCAAUUGAAAUACAAUGUCGUAUGACAUCACGUUUUG